AUGAUAACAAGUAAAAAAGCGGAAAAACUUGCUAAAAUUGAAGAAAAUCGUCGUCUUAAACAAAUUACUGAUAGUAACCAAGAAUUACGUCGACUUACUAAACGAGAUUCAAAAACAGACGAUGAUUUAUCUCUGGAUUUAUCUCCACUUCUUAAUGAAUCAAUUUUAAAUGAUUUCGAUUGGCUUAGUAUACAAUUUAUACUCGAUUGUUUUUCUGAAGCUAUACGAUUAAAUCAAAUAGCUGGUGUAUCAUUUUAUCCAUCGACACAACCAAUUGAAUCAACAAUAGAAUUAUUUCGUGUACCACUUUAUUUAACAUCAAUGCGUCUUAUAACAUAUAUAAAACAAUUGAAUGAAUUUCAACAAUUAGAUAAAGAAGAUCAGGUUUAUGUUGUUAAAUUAAAUUUAUUAACUAUUUGUUUUCUUCAUUCAAUAUUUAUAUAUGAUCCAAGAACAGAUUGUUAUCAUGAACAAGAUACAAUUGAUCUAUUAUUUUCAGGAAAAGAUUGGAUUAAAACAUUAAAUGAACAAUUCCAUAAUGAAAUGAAACAAAUACGAAAUGAUUUAAUUGAUAUAUUUCAAUCUGAUGAUAUUAUUAUUAAAUUAUUUUAUGUAAUAUUACUUUUUUCCAAUCAAAUAUCAUUAAAUCAAGCAACUCAAUGUAUAUUAACACCAGAUAUUAAUCCAUUAAAUAUAUUCCAAAGACAAAAUAUAUUUGUUGAUUUAGUUUAUAGAUAUUGUUUACAUCAAUAUGGUUAUAAUCAAGCACCUAUCUUAUUUUUACGAUAUAUUUAUAAAUUAAUGAAAGUUCAGCGACUAGUUGAUGAAAUUAAAUUUACAAUAAAUAGUUAUAUUGAUAUAACUGAACUAUCACCAUUAAUGCAAAGUCUCGUUAUGUGA